GUAGUGCAAAUCUAAUCCUACUUUCAGUGAAGAACCUGGAAAUUUCACAAAUAAACGAAUGUUAACAAAGAAGCUUCAGACUAGUGCAUCUUUACGAAAUGAUAGCAAGGAUCAUGGUUGUAGAUUUUCACGUUCAAACGCUCAAUGCACCAUUCAAGAAGAAUGUGAUCGUGUUUCAUUGACUCGUACGACUAGUGUUAGAUCCACGGUAGAGUUUCCUCCGAGUAUAGACGAGAAAGAUCUAGAAAUAUUAGGUGAAAUUGGAAGUGGAGCAUAUGGUAGAGCUAUAAAAGUAAAACACCGACAAUCUAAUUGUUUGUUGGUUCUUAAAGAGGUUAUUGAACAAAACAAAGCAAUCGAGGCAACUAUUAUACGCGAAGUUUCAUUACUUCAAAAUUUAAAACAUACAAAUAUUUUAACAAUUGUCGGUGUGGUUAUUCGAAAUAGACAAUUUUGUCUUAUUACUGAAUAUAUUGAAAAAGGUAGUUUACAUUCAUUAUGCUUGGAUAAAAUUAAAUAUCCAUUUGAUUGGAUUAAAAUAAUAACAUUUGGUCGUGAUAUUGCAUCAGGGAUGGCUUAUUUACAUAAACAUGACGUUAUACAUCGGGAUUUAACAACUCUUAAUUGUCUUGUACGACAAGAUGACUCUGUAGUUGUGUCUGAUUUCGGAUUGUCAAAAUUAGUUCGGUCAAUUCCGUCUUGUAGUCAGGAAACGGAAGAAAAAUGCUCCGAUCACACAACAACAAAUGACUCCGCACCAAUAAUUCAAGAUUCUUCUUCUGAUACUUCAAAUAACGCCGAUGUUCAACGUAAUCAUACUCCUCGUCUUAGACGUCAUCAUGCAUACAACCAUCCAAGAAGACAUACUGUAGUUGGUAGUCCAUACUGGAUGGCUCCAGAAAUGAUAGUUGGUCAACCAUAUGAUAAUUCAGUGGAUGUAUAUUCAUUUGGUACAAUUAUGUGUCAAUUAAUUCUACGUACAAAUGCUGAUCCAGAUAACUUAAUACGUGAUGCAAAAACUUUCUGUAUAGAAAUGGAUGAAUUAAUGAAACUAGAAAAUUUUCCUAUCAAUACACCACCAAUAUUAUUAAACAUGACAAGUCAAUGCAUUUCAUUGGAUCCAAGAAAUAGUUUCGUUAUUCACCAACGCGAUUUAAGUCGAUAAUUAUAUACGAGGAUUGGCGACAUGUGUAUUUCGAUAACAAUCAAAUACCCGGCCACUAAACACCUUUUGAAUCUGAAACCGUUUAGCUGAGAGAUGAGUACUUUUACGUCGUCAUAUGUUACCACUUCACUUUCACAUAUUUACUGAUUGGUAAUUUUUGGCGAGACAAUAAUUUAUGGACGAACUAAUCACGUAUAAAAUAACAGGUCUCCAAUUUUGACGCAAAAUUCACUCAUCCAUUUGGAUAAAUGGAGUUUUGGCAUUAUAGCUGACGUCAGUUCGUGAUGAAAAACCGAGAUUUAAUUCCUAACCUUGAUCAUCAACCGCCAAUCAUAAUUCUGAUUCCUCACACUGUUUGUAAGCCUCAUUUGGUCCUAGUUAUUAGGUGGACACUCUCAAGGUCAGUUUAGCGUCGCCCGAAGAUAGUCCAUAAAUUAUAGUCUCACCUAAUUUUUUGUUUAUUAGAGUUUGUAAUUUACUCCCUCUCAACGAAGAAAUACCUUAAAACUUUCUCUCUAUUUUGAUGAUUGGGAAAUCAAUAUACUGUCAAGUAUCAGCCAGCUUUGAGAUAUAGCUCAACAGUUAUCAUAUGGCCACCAUUGAAUAAUUGCUUCACAACUGAUAUAGUUGAAUUUUAGCGGUCAUAGUAUCCAUGUUUUCUUCGUGUUGUCUCCAUAGUAUAUUACUAUGUUUAACUUAUUAUCAACCCGAAACAGUUGAAACUCUUCUUCAAAAGAAGUGAGCUAUUAGAAUUUCUUCACAAUGGACUCAGAACAUGCUAACAAUAACCACACAACUAGGGACACCAACCGAGAAAUCCCGGGUCAAUAAAAUAAGUUACUAGUUUUUGAGAUGGUGGAGAUUUCUAGCUCAGGUGGAUGAUGUAUAACCAACACACUAAGUAUAGUGUAAAUGCACAGAAUGUGCAAAUCGUCAAACAAGUAGCAGCUUACAACCAUUCAUUCUCACUUUGCUUAUGCAGUUUUAGCAUUAAUCCAUGGUGUUUUCAUUUCUGACCCUGUUCACAGGUUAAAUAAUGAAGCACAUCAAUUAACUGUUAAUCUUUCCUCCAGUGUGUUUUCUUUGCUGUUACAGGACUACUUUUUAAUUUCGCAUAAAAAUCUUAAAUACAAAUUAAUCCUAAUUGGUUUAUCUAUAAAAGUGACAGUUCAUCAAAACAUAUUAAACCAUUAGAUCCUAAAAUACAAUAACCAAGAGCACUUCAAAACAAAUUUAUGCCCGUUGAACAAGUUAGUAGUUUAAUGUACUGAGUAGCUCAAUGGAUAAUGCGUUGGAAUCUGAAGCAAAUUCGCAUUCGAGUCUCAGUGUGAAGAACACCAAUACAGCAAUGCAAGUACAUCUAGCUAACGAGUCGUAAAUAGGACAAAAUAUGAAUCUUCGAUUCCGCUGCUAUCCAUAACCAAACUUUAAUUAAUACUCUUGUUUAAAUUGAAGAUCAUCCAGGAUGAACUUAUGUCACAAUCCAACUUGACAAAAACAGUUAACUUUUGAUAUUAAUAAUGGAAGUAAUUUUCUUCUAUAUUUCAGACCUUGUUUCGAUUCAUGUGUUGGACUACUGGAACAAUGUUUAUUAUACUUAUUAUCUGGACAUCAAUCAAAACAGAUUAUAGUUGGAAAUUCUGCUAAAGACAUUUCCACAGUUGAUGACAACAAUACAGAGAGGGGUGAUUCUGAUCAUUAGAAUCUUGAUGUUAAUAAAUAUUGAUCAAUAGUACAUAUAUAUCCUUGUAUACAUAUUCGUAAUGAUCUUUUGAUAUGAUAAUAAUUUCUUAAGCAAGAAAGAUAUUUGUAAAUUUUCUUUUUAGUUCACUAACUUGGUUAUAUUUUCCACUUGAUCAUAUCAUAGCUAUAAAUUUCAACUCGAAUGAAUUUUCAUUAUCCGAAUAUUAUAUUUCUAUGUUAUUGCACGAAGAAAUAAAUCUCUAUUUUAUUGUGAAAUUAAGUUUUGUAUCCUGUUUCCCUGUUACUAAUCCAUUCCUUAUUUUUUUUAUCGGUUAUGACUUAUAUUGAAUUGAUAAAUAAAAUGAGAUUACAACUCUUCAACCACUUAAAUGUAAUCAUUAUACUUUUCUGUAUUGGUGUUUGGAACCAUUUGAUAAAGAAAUAGGACUGAUUAUUUGAUUUCGAUUUUAUUGAAUUCUUUAAGCUUAAUGGUUGAAUUAUAAAGUUUUCGUUGUUCUUCUGGACAACAUGUUCAGUGUCUUGUUGACGUAAAAAUGCCUUGUUUAAUUACUAUUCUACAAGCGUUUAAUCAAUCUAUUGCUGACGAAUUUAUCUGUGACUCUUUGUCUUCAUAGUUUUGUUAACUUUUGGUUUGUAUUUUUAUUUGAUUGGUCGCUUUCCACGUAACUGGUUGUCUGUUUCCGUAUAGAUUUGUAGAUUAAGUCUAUAUAAAUACAGUUAUUGGUUAUUUUUUGGCAUGAUUUCAGAAAUUUUCUAUCAUUCUUUGAAUUUCCAUGUUUCAGAAUUAGUUUCUGCAUUAAUCUAUUCAGCUCUUCAUUUAUCAAGUAUUUCAUAAUUUAAAAAUAAUACCUCGCUUUUACAUUAUGAAUAGCUUUGUAGAGGAUACUUUUCUCUUGAAGUUAAACAGCUGAGGAUUUAUAUUAAAAACUACCUGUUCUCCUGAUAGUAAUAUUCAGAACUUGAGGCAUCCAGUGUAUUUUACCAUUGGAUUGGAGAUCUACCAUAAUUAUCUCGAUCGACAAAAUAGGAUCCAAGCGACACAAAUCGAUUCGUUGACCAUUUUAUUGUAAAAAUGUUGAUAAGAAUUAUUAAGACCAUUAUCUUUUUGUAAUCCAACUUCUUGUUGAUCAAUACACAAUCAACUCUCCACCAUCAAGAGAGAGCUGAGAGCAGUCUUUAGAUAAAAGGAAGCCAGGGAGUUUAACUUACAUUGACUUUAUUAAGUCAUUCGACAAUCUCACAUUUUUGGCUUUUAUUGAAAUUCUGAAAACGGAAAUUUACCUAAGAUCCCCUUAUUGGUCAAGAAAGUAGAGUAAAAA